AUGUGCUUCCCGCUGGCUCUGGUAACUCAAAGAGCAGGAAAGGAAAAGGACGAAGAAGAAGCCAGAGUGCAUGGAAAGGACCAGAAAGAAGCCCUUGUUGCUGUUCUCGCUUCAACUUCCAACUUGAUUUCUUCGCUUUCUGUCUCAGCGAUGACACCGGGGGAUCGAGCCUAG